AUGGCCGAGCUCCCGUCGAAGGUGCACCUCAACUCGCACCCCAUCUGCCUGAUGCUUCGUAGGCACUCGGUGUAUGAGGAUGAGAACCAGCGCACGUGGCUGCAUGUCCUCAUGGACACAGGAGGUGUCCUGCAAGUACGGUUGCGCCAGGAAGACAUCCCCAGUGGGCAUAACUCACUCACCACCAGCCCGCUGACUGUGAGCACCAUGUGGACGCUCCACCCUUGCGGCCGGUACGUGGACCCCAUGUGCCGAUUCUGGCGCAUUGUGCACCAUGUCAAGCAGAAUGGAGUGGAGGAAAUGAUCCUUGAGCUGAUGGAACACUCAUAG